AUGCGAACGGUAGCUCGAAUCAAGGCUGAAGCUCUGCGGGCCCUACUCUCCUCUCCAAAGCGUAAGAAACUGGAUUUAUCGGGCGAAGCUGGGAAGCGCAUGACCGCCAAGACGAGGCUGCUGCGUUACGACACGUUUACGUUGGCAGCAUUCCGGCGCAAAGUGCACAGCUAUUUCAUGCGCAAUGAACUGCCUACGUCCGAGAAGCUACGCAACGAGGUGAUCAUCGACCCUCACAUGGACAUGCCGAAGAUCAGCACUCGCGCGAUGCAACGAACGAUGAACGACUUGGGGUUCCUCUUCCGAAAGAGAAAAAGGAAUUCCGCAUUGCUCGAAAGAGACGACAUCGUUGCUUGGCGUCGAAAGUACCUCCGAACAAUCCGAGAAAUGCGGAGGCAGCAGCGGACCAUAUACUACCUUGAUGAGACCUAUGUAAACGCUGGCCACACCAAGGAGACUGUAUGGACAGACACCAAAGUGAUGUCCCGUCAAGACGCAUUUCGUCAAGGCCUCUCAACAGGUGUCCGUGCACCGAGUGGUAAAGGAGGACGCCUAAUUGUUUUGCAUGCUGGCAGUGCGGAAGGCUUUGUUGAUGGAGCCGCCCUAGUGUUUCGUGCCAAGAAGGGCGCUGGUGAUUACCACACAGAAAUGGAUGCUCCGCGUUUUCAAAAAUGGUUUGUUGAACAGUUGCUACCGAACAUCAAGCCACGCAGUGUGAUUGUGAUGGAUAAUGCAUCGUAUCACAAUGCUCAAGUUGAAAAGGUGCCAAGUUCAUCAUCAAGAAAAGCCGACAUCCAGUGCUGGUUGAAAUCAAAAAGUAUCCCUUUUUCGGAUGACCAACUGAAGAGCGAACUGCUGCAGCUCGUUAAGCAGCAUAAGCACAUGUUCCUUGCUUACCAGAUUGACACUCUUGCCAGCGCUGACGGUCAUGAGGUUUUGCGCUUGCCUCCUUACCACUGCGAGCUCAAUCCCAUAGAGCUCGUGUGGAGCCAGGUCAAAGGCUAUGUUGCUUCGAAGAACACUGACUUCAAGAUCGAUUCAGUCGAGAAGCUGCUGCUGGAAGGAAUCGCAGUACGAUUUUUGACGAGAAAGCACGUAUUCCCUACGAAUAUGGAAAACAUGAACGUGCAGAGAGCAGUGCAAGUUUUUUCUCCUCCCGUGACAGCUGCUAUGAAGCUCUUGCAAGAGCAGGCGGGCUACACGUGCAACGCAAGCUUCGCGGGUGUCGGACCAACGGUGCAAUUUAUGGACACCGUGCACCGCUGGUUCGUGCUCAUGGACUUGAGUAAUUGUACCCAGCACAUACAUCAGAAGAAUGCUGACUGCAAGCAGUUUGAAUCUGCAGGCGAUGAACGACUAAUCUGGCUGGAGACAAGCUUCCACGACUACCUGGCCGAUCUCAAAAGUCAGUGCCUGGCAAAGAACUUUCUAACCAAAGAGACUUAUGAAGGUCUUGUGAUCACAACUCGUUCGAACGUUCAGUGCAUUAGAUAUCUUCUUGAAGAGAUGUCUUUUCACUUCGUUUUGACGAGGAAAAUGUUAUCGGACCCAAUCGAGUCGUUCUUUGGCUGGCUCAGGAAAUCAGCAGGAUCAAAUGACCAAACGGACGUCCGCGCCGUGCUCACAGGCAUUGAGAAAACCCUCAAGACCGGUAUCGCAUCGGCGUCGAGUACAAGCAACAUAAUGGCAGCAGAAGAGAGUAAUUGGUUGUCAACGCUGCCGCAACAGAAAAACACAAGGGAGCAAACCAGCGAGGAAUUCCCUGCAGAUGCACUUAAAGCGCUCAUAGAGCGACUAAACCGAGAUAAGCUUCUACUUCCCACUCCAGAUGUGGCCACAUUGGCUAUGGUUGGUGGCUACCUCGCAAGAGCCGUACGAGAAAACUUCGAAUGUGUGGAGUGCUUCGCGCUCUUAACAAAGCCAAACGCCUCGACACCAUCGGACUCGCUCAUUAAACACCAAGACCGCGGUGGACUUCUUUACCCGUCCGCACAACUUCUAGAUGUUCUCUACGCACUACAGAAGUUCGUCGAAGUUCUUCUAGCAAGAAGAAGGCGUAUGCAUCACCCUCUAAAGGAGGCUGUGAACAAUGCUACCGAAAUCCUUCGCGAGCACAAAGCUUUGAUCUGUUCGAAGCCAGGGCACCAAGAGAAUUUGCUCAAAUUGUUGCUUACGAAGUUCUUUCGCCCAAUAUUCGCCAAUUUCGCUCUGAAAGCGACAGACAAACAAGACGUCGCCAAAGUGUUCGCAAUAAAGCCGCUGUCACGAAAGACCCUGAAACUGUGA